GCUCGCUUUCAGGAAGUGUUGAAAUAAGUGUAUCUAAGUGUCACAUUGCUUCUGCAUUGUGACAAAGGAUUUUUCAUGCCUUUGUGUGGGACUGUACAGAGUAUCUGUGUAGCUGAGUGGAUCAAGGGGAGAAAUUAAACUUUAUUGCAUAUGGAAGAAGGAUCCUAAAGGCUGGACUGUGGCUGUGGAGGCUAACAGUUAGAGUGAAAGCAGGCAAACAAAGCUGGGCAUUUAUAAUUUUUACCUUCAAAAUAAAAGCUCAACACAACCAGACAACUAAAGUCUGCACGUCAUUGGGCUUGACGGUGGUGCCCCUUGUCCAGAAGCGGGCCGCUGGGUGAAUGAUGGCGGUGUCGGUGCUGCUGCUGCUGGAGCUGUGUCUGUACGCCAGCUGCUUCGUCUGUGGGAUCGUGGCCGCUGCCUCCCUCACCAUCGUUCAGGGUAAUUUCGGUGGGCUGUGCAUGCUGUAUGGACAUGUCAGCUACAAUGCAACAGCAAAGCUCGUUGGAGUCCAGACAUCCACCUCUGCCUCUCUGUGCUACUUUGUGUCAGCCAUAUCCAUCAUGGUGGCCGUGGUGUGCUUCUCCCUGUCUCUGUACGGGGUUUACAUGUUCUGCAUGGAGGGAGAGAUGAGAAGGGAGCGCGUGUGGAUGAACCUGAUGAUAGUGGUGAGCGGCAUCUUCCUGUUCUUCCUGCUCAUCACGGGCUGCAUGCUGAAGAUCGGCCGCGACACGCUCUGCGACUCCAUCACCAAAACCGUCCCCAACAUCACCAGAUGUGAGGAAGUUCAGAGCCGGAAAUGGGUCGGCCCUCUUCAAGGAGACCGGAUCUACACCAAUCUUCACAAAUCAGAGACGGCGGUCUGGGUCAACUUCUUCUUCUGGCUCAUCAUUGUGGCGCUGGUGAUCGUUCAGAGGCGUCAGACUUCCGGGGCCAAACUCAUUCCCACACCGGCCGGGGCCCUUUUUGGCGAGUCAGGAGCGACCGCAGGAGAGACAGAGCCAUUCUUUAACCGCCCCCCUCAGUAACGCUGGAGAAAGUGGAGAUGUGUUUUUAUAUAAUAUUCAUUUCAGGUCUUUCUGUGACGGUUUCACAGUCUGCGCUUUCAGCCUCGUAAUCCAAAGAUUUCAGCAUGGUACUGAAGCCAAUUCCUUUUUUUUUAUUGUUGUUAAAUCAGAAACUUUUUCGGCAAAUCUUUGUUCAUCCACCCGCUGGAAAACUGUUACUUUUUCAAUAGCUAAUGUUUUAAAUCAUUAACAUUUAUAUUGUGGAAUCCUGUCUAUAUCUGUUUAGUGACCUAUUGAGAUGUUGUCUGGUCUGAACCUCAUUAGCUCCUCAUGUGACCUGGUUUGUAUUAUUACUGCCUGUUUGUUUAAAGCCUGCUUACAGAUUGUUAAAGGAAAUGUCUCCCCCUGCUGGUUGAUAUUAAUAAAUAAGGCAUUUCUACUGGAAUAUAAAUGUAUUUGAUGUUUUUUUCCUUAAAUACAAUCCAAAUGUUCAAAGCAGGUGUUUGUUGUAUUGCCUUAACCAUUUAUAUUAAAUUUGUUGCCAUCCCACU